CAGCGGGCGGGAAGAUGCCGCUGAGCGGCGGCGGGGAGCUGGGGGCCAGCGACGAGCUGAUCCGCUUCAAGGACGAAGGCGAGCAGGAGGGCGAACGGGACCUGGCCGAGGUCAAAUCGUCACUGCUGCGUGAGACCGAGGGACCGGAGAGCGGUGGCCGUCCGCCCAGGACCCAGGCGGAGCGCAGAGCCGAGUCCGAGAGUUUGGUGGAAAAACGCCGGGAUCGAGAGGAGGAGGCGCGGAGCCGGGAUGGGGGCUCGUUGCCGACCGCCACCUUACCGUUUCUGCUGAUCCCGGAGUUGGCGGCGCCGCGAGGCCUGUCCCCGGGGCCGCGCACGUACCUGCACAUGAAAUGGCCCCUGUUGGACAUCCAGGCAGCAAGUUCACUCAAGGACGCACCAUCUCCCGUGCACAUUACCAGCGGUGUGCCCCUGGUUCAACAUCCUCACCAUGUGCAUCCCCUCACCCCCCUCAUCACCUACAGCAACGAUCAUUUUUCACCGGGGAGCCCCUCGCCUCACCUGUCCCCGGAGCUCGACCUCAAGAGUGGACUCCCUCGGGUUCGGCACCCCUCGGAGCUCACGGCAUUUUACCCACUCUCUCCCGGCGCCGCUGGGCAGCUUGCCCACCCUCUCGGCUGGAUGGUACCACCGCCGAGCCCCCCCCUGUACUCGAUGUUAGCACCAGGCCUUAGACCCUCCUACCAUACAGCGCUGGCUGCCAACGCCUCUGUGGCCAGGUUCUCUCCUCAGCUGGUCACGGCGUCUCACGGUCUCCAUGCAAGUGGAAUCCCCCACCCUGCCAUCGUAACCACGGGAAUCAAGCAGGAGCCCAAUCACAGCCAGCCCAGUCCGAGCCACAUCUCGAAGCCCCUGGCCACAAAGGAGGAGGACGAAAAGAGAAAGCCCCACAUCAAAAAGCCAUUGAACGCCUUCAUGUUGUACAUGAAGGAGAUGCGAGCCAAGGUGGUGGCUGAGUGUACGCUGAAAGAAAGUGCUGCCAUUAACCAGAUACUGGGACGCAAGUGGCACGCGCUGACCCGCGAGGAGCAGUCGAAGUACUACGAGCUGGCGAGGAAGGAGCGGCAACUUCAUUCACAACUCUACCCCGGCUGGUCAGCACGGGACAACUACGGCAAGAGGAAAAAGAGGAAACGAGGCAAGCAGCCGCAGACCGAGGAGAGUAACCAAGAGUCGCUGGUACCCGGUUCCCGUCGGAGGCUGAAAGGCCAACAGCUGGUUCACGCGGAAGGGAUCUACUCGCUGCCUGUCUCCGCUUCCGCCGCCAGCAGCAGCAUCCUGGACUCGCCGCCCUCCCCGUCCACCCGGCAACCGGUGCCGGAAGCCCGGGGCCCCGAGCAGGCCCAGCCUCUGUCGCUCAGCGUCAAGUCGGACACCCAGCCCAAGCCGAGGGCACCAGCCUCCAGCCCUUCACCCGCCAGCUCUCGGCGCCUCUCCCAGGCUGCCACGCCCACCUUCCUUUUGACUCCGCCCUCCUCCGUUGAGGCUGCCACGCACUCCCAACAUGGUUUGCAGACACAGCCGUUACCCUUGGUGACCAGGUCACCAGAGUAACCUUUGACCCUCUGAACCCCAUUUUCAGUCUCGGAUCCCUUGACCCUCCAGAGAAUUUUUUUAAAGAUGUUCUUUGAAGCUGGUCAAUAUUUGACCCCACUUUUUAUAUUGAAAACUGUAAAUAACUUUUUAUUACGUUGAAGUUGGAGGAAGUUGAGGAGGGUUGGAAAUGGGUGGGUGGGGCCUUACAUUGGGAAGAGAGAGGAAGGGAGGGGUGGUAGAUAGAGAUGCCCCUGUGUUCACUGCAACCUGAGCUGCCCUGCAGUGCCUGCUUGACGGAGCCUGUGGAGUUGAGCACAAGGACCAAAGGUUCUAGUUGGUCCCCGAAUUUUACCCUUCUGUCAGUAAGGCCCAAUUUAUGUCCCUGGUGGGGUGAGCGGUGGGGGGAGAUUGGGCUUCCUCAGUCUUUAUGUCCCUGGUAGGAUGUGGUGGGAGGGGGGUCCCUGAUCCUGGGCACUGCCUGCUGCUGCCCCUUUGGGGUGGGCUGAGAAGUUGGUUCUGGGUAGCCCUCUGUACUGAGACAAUCACGUGACUCACAAAUUAUAGAGAUUCUCCCCCCCCCCCCCACCCCUUCCCAGCCACACCGCCUGAAAAACACACUCUACUUAUUUGCAAACAAGAGGAAAAUCUGUAGAUCCUGGUAAACUGGGCAAACAACAAGUAAUACACACACACACACACACACACACACACACACACACACAUGCGGAGGAACUAUGGAAAAGAGUUUUGGGCCGAGACCCUUCACCCUGAGUUCCUCCAGCAUCUUGUGUGGGUGUUGCUUCCUAUUUGCCCAGUUUAUAAGCUGAACUGCACAAUUUAAGUAACAAGGACCAUAUCUGCUGCUGGGCUGACCAAACUGCUUGUUCUCCUGUGGACGCUGAGUACAGCGGGUUUGACUUGAGCUCAAAGAUCUCUUCAUCUGUUUGGUGGCUGGAAAAUAACGCUUCCACUGAAUGACCAAGCUCACGACUGCUUCUCCCCACAUUGGAAUAGGCUUUUGACAAUUUCAACGCACAUCUACCGUGACGCAAAAUUC